AUGAUCUCGGGCAGGCUGCUGGGGCUGUCGUGUCUGCUGGUGGUGGGAGCGCGGGGGGGCUCCCCGGGCGAGCGCUGGCUGUCCCGCACACGACAGGUGGAGCUGCUGGUGGUGGUGGAUGCGAGUCUGGCCCGUGCGCUGGGCAGUGAUGCACGGCCCUACGUGCUGGCCCUGCUGAGCGCAGCGGACCGGCUGUACCGACACCCCGCGCUGGGCAGCGACGUGCGGCUGGCGGUGGUCCGGAUUGAGGUGCUGUGGGACGAGGCACGGGGACCGCGGGUGGGCUCCGAUGCGGCACAGACGCUGCACGAGUUCUGUCGCUGGCAGCGGGACCGGAGGGUGCAGGGCGAGUGGGCAGGGCCCCCGUACGACGCGGCCCUCCUACUGACGCGGCAGAACCUCUGUCAGGAGAACUUCUGUGAAUCGCUGGGCCUUGGCCACAUCGGGACAGUGUGUGAGGCGGACGGUGGACAGAACUGCGCUGUGGUCCAGGAUAUCGGCCUUCAGAGUGCCUUCACCGUCGCACAUGAAAUUGGACACCUGCUGGGAAUGGCUCAUGAUAACUCGGAGAUCUGUUUACAGAUGGGAGAAUUGUCCUGGGGAUACCAGAUGAUGUCUCCCAUGUUGUCUAGAAUCAACUUCUCUGAGCCUUGGUCUCGAUGCAGCAUUCGCUUAUCCUUGGGGUUCCUCGCAAGUGGCAGAGGUGACUGCCUCUUGAACAAGCCGUCCGUCUCCCUGGCCGACUCCGUGCCCCUGGCUGGCGUGACCUAUGACCGGGACGUCCAGUGCCGGCUGACCUUUGGCCCCGGCUACCGAGCGCGGCCGGGAAUGGACCCCUGCCCCGUGCUGUGGUGCCUGGCCCGGCGCCAGGGGGAGUGGCACCAUGCCAGCAAGCAACUGCCAGCCGCAGACGGGACUCCCUGUGGGGGAGGGGCUGUCUGCCUCCGAGGGAGGUGCACCCACAACUGGAAACAGCUGAGUCCGGUGGAUGGGAGCUGGGGGUCCUGGGGUCCAUGGGGGUCCUGUUCUCGCUCCUGUGGGGGUGGGGUUCAGUUCUCACGGCGCCACUGUGACAAUCCCGUUCCUGCUAAUUUUGGCCGGUUCUGCCUCGGGAGGCGGGAGAAGUUCCAGUCGUGUAACCUGGAAGGUUGUCCGGAGAAUGGCGGCCGCAGUUUCCGCCAGGAGCAGUGUGAGGAGAGGAACGGGCAGUCGCUGGACAGGACGCUGCAACAGUGGGAGCCCUACUACCACGGCAUUCGCUGGCCGGACCUCUGCAAACUCAACUGUCUGCUGAAGGGGACGUCCCAGGUCAACGUCUUCUCCGUCAAGGUGAAGGAUGGUACGCGAUGUUUCCCGCACAGUCAGGCGGUGUGCGUGCAGAGCCAGUGCGUGAGGACCGGCUGUGACGGGCUGAUCGGCUCCGGGAAGCGCUUCAGCCCCUGCGGAGUGUGCGGGGGCCCGGACGCCGACUGCGAGAGGGUGAUCCACCACUACCACGGCAGACCGGUGAACUACAGCGAGGUGGGGGUGAUCCCACGGGGAGCAGCCGGCCUGAAGGUUGUACAGCGGCCGAACAGGGCACAGGGGCGGUUGUUGGCCUACCUGGCGCUGCAGUCGGAGGAUGGCACCUUCCUGCUGAACGGCGGGGGACAGAUCUCCGGCUUCGCCAGCCUGCUGGAUGCGGGCGGUGUGGCGCUGCACUACUCGGGCUGGAGCCCCCGCCGGGACGCGCUGUGGGCGCUCACCCGCGCCCCACUGGCCCAGGGGCUGCGGCUGGCAGUGUACAACCCGGGCCCGCGCAGGGCCGUCCGCCUCACCUACUCCUACUACCUGCGAAGGCAGCCGGGGGGAGGGUCCACUGGGACUCCGAUGGGGCAGGACACACCUGUGCUCAGACAGGACCCCAUACCGGACCCCUCCCCUAUCCCCAGUCCGGACCCCUCCCCUAUCCCCAGACCGGACACCUCCAGUAUCCCCAUACCGGACUCCUCCCCUAUCCCCAGACCGGACCCCUCCCCUAUCCCCAGACCGGACACCUCCAGUAUCCCCAGACCGGACUCCUCCCCUAUCCCCAGACCGGACCCCUCCCCUAUCCCCAGACCGGACCCCUCACCUAUCGCCAGACCAGAUCCCACACGUGUGGUCCCCACACGUGUGGUCCCCACACUGGACCCCACACUGGUCCUCAGACAGGACCCCACAUCUGCCCCCCUCCAACACCCCACCCCUGUCCCCACACCGGACGCCACCCUACAAUCCAGUCCCGCCCCCGCCCCUGACCUCAGACGGGACCCCUCCCCAGUCCCCACCCCAGGGAGCUGGCAGACAGGCCCCUGGCAGUUCUGCUCCGUCACCUGCGGGGUUGGCUGGGUGGCGAGGAGGGUGGUCUGUGUGGACGGAGCGGGGAGACGGGCGGAGGGGUGCUGUCGGGAGCAGAGGCCACGCGGCAUGGCGCUGUGUGUGAGGGGGGCCUGCAGGAGGGGGUGGGGGUCAGACACAGGCUGAAUCUCCCUCUACACUGUCCCAUCACACACUCCCAGGGCACGGGUCAGACACA